CCGAUCAUUGGAACACCCACAUUUAGCAGUACAUGUGAAACACUGAACAACUGACACUCUCUCUCACUCUCUGUCGGCGCAUCUCCUUCUCUAUCUCGUUUGCCCGUGACCCCCUCAAUUUUAGCGCAUAAAAACAACCACCAAACACCCUUAAAUACCCGCCACUCCCUAACUACCGAAACUAACCCACCGUGUCCCACUCCUCCUCCGCCACCAUGAAGCCCUCUCCUCUCCUCUUUCUUCUACUUCUCAUUUAUUUGAUUUCUCUGUUUCCGCUCUCCCAAUCCGUCUACCAUCAGUACCAAGAGGCAUUAUCUAAGUCCAUUCUCUUCUUCGAAGGCCAAAGGUCUGGCGUUUUGCCUCAAGACCAACGCAUCACCUGGCGAGCCAAUUCGGGUCUCAGUGAUGGCUGGACUUAUAAUACGGACCUCACCGGCGGAUACUACGACGCUGGUGAUAAUGUUAAAUUUGGAUUCCCAAUGGCAUUCACCACCACAAUGUUGGCUUGGAGCGUAAUCGAAUUCGGAGAAUCGAUGCCUCCAAAUGAGCUUAGGAACACUUUGGUCGCUAUUCGCUGGGCUACCGAUUAUUUGCUCAAGACUGUUUCUCAGCCUAACCGGAUUUUUGUUCAGGUGGGGGAUCCAAAUGUAGACCAUAGUUGUUGGGAGAGACCAGAGGAUAUGGAUACUCCUAGGACUGUCUAUGCGGUGGAUGCACCAAAUCCAGCAUCGGAUGUCGCCGGUGAGACUGCAGCGGCUUUGGCAGCUUCAUCUAUGGCGCUUCGCUCAUCGGACCCUGGAUAUGCUGACACAUUGUUGAGAAACGCCGCUGUAGCCUUUCAGUUUGCUGACAAUUAUAGAGGAGCUUACAGUGACAAUUCUAAUAUUAGAGAUGGCGUCUGCCCGUUUUACUGUGAUUUUGAUGGAUAUCAAGAUGAAUUGCUGUGGGGAGCAGCUUGGCUUAGGAGGGCAUCAUAUGAUGACACUUACCUAAGUUACAUACAAAACAAUGGCAAAACCCUUGGAGCUGAUGACAAUAUUAAUGAAUUUGGGUGGGACAAUAAGCAUGCUGGUCUAAAUGUUCUUGUGUCCAAGGAAGUCUUAGAAGGAAACAUGUACACACUUGAAUCAUACAAGGCAUCAGCAGAUAGCUUCAUGUGUACUCUCAUACCUGAAUCUUCCUCAUCUCACAUAGACUACACUCCUGGUGGCCUCAUUUACAAGCCAGGAGGAAGCAACUUGCAACAUGCAACAACAAUCUCAUUUCUUCUUCUUGUUUAUGCAAAUUACUUGGAAAGAACAUCUCAAUCAGUGAAUUGUGGCAAUAUAAACGUGGGUCCGUAUUCGCUUCGUGAACAAGCGAAGAGGCAGGUCGAUUACAUAUUAGGGGAUAAUCCUUUGGGAUUAUCUUACAUGGUCGGAUAUAGUAACAAUUAUCCUCAACGGAUUCAUCAUCGUGGCUCAUCCUUACCGUCGAUUAAAGAUCACCCUGAAUUCAUCGGUUGCAAAGAGGGUUCGAUUUACUUCAACUCUACAAAUCCUAACCUUAAUGUGUUGGUUGGAGCAAUUGUGGGUGGACCUAGUGAAGAUGACUCGUACGGAGAUGAUCGAGCUGAUUUUAAGAAGUCUGAGCCUACUACGUAUAUUAAUGCACCAUUUGUUGGUGUGCUUGCUUAUUUCGCAGCAAAUCCUAAUUUUAGUUGAAAUGAUAGGCCGAUUAUUUUUGUAUAUAAGUCAAUAUUUAUUGACAUUUCAAAAUAGGAAAAUGAAGACUCUUUAUCUUGGCAAAGGUAAAGAGGGAAGAGGCCUCAUAUAGAUGCUGAAUUUGAAGAACUGUAUCACAAAACCUCAUUGUGAGUUUUUGAAAAGCGAUUAUGAUUGUAAGCAGCUCAUUUUGAGAUGUAAAAUCCAAAUGUAGCUUCAAAGUUUACAAAAGGAAAUGAAAACAAAAAAAAAAAAAUUCAGUUUCUUGCA